UGCCCAACCAGGAACCCCUCCACCCCAUAUCUGAAUUUCAAUCUGUCUGUCUCCCCUGCUCAUGUGUUCAGUUCUUGCUUGAUUGAUUGAGCGGGGAAGUCCUAUCGUGUGAAAUGAUCACUAAACUGGACAGUGUGCUUCUGACGCAAAAGAAGUUUAUUUAUCACUACAAGAACAUGCGCUGGGCAAGAGGGAGACACGAGACCUAUCUAUGUUUUGUAGUGAAGAGGAGGGAUGGUCCAGAUACUCUCUCUUUUGAUUUUGGACAUCUACGCAAUCGCUCUGGAUGUCACGUGGAGCUUCUCUUCCUUCGACACUUGGGGGCGCUGUGUCCAGGCCUCUGGGGCUCAGGUCCAGGAGGAGCAAAGCUCUCUUACUCUGUGACCUGGUUCUGUUCCUGGUCCCCCUGCUAUGAUUGCUCCUGCCGCUUGGCGCGCUUCCUGAGGCAAACCCCCAACCUCAAGCUGCGCAUCUUCUGCUCGCGUCUGUACUUCUGCGACAAUGAAGACAGUGAUGAGAGAGAAGGAUUGAGGACCCUAAAGAGAACCGGGGUGCAGCUGUCCAUUAUGAGCUACAAAGACUAUUUCUACUGCUGGCAGACAUUUGUAGCUCGCAAAGAACGUGGAUUCAAAGCUUGGGAUGGACUGCAUCAAAACUCUGUUCGACUGGCAAGAAAACUGACCCGCAUCCUACAGCCUUGCGAAACCGAAGACUUGAGAGACGCGUUUGCACUCCUUGGACUUUGAGAAAGAACUCUAUCUCCAUUUUCGGUGCUCUCAAAAUAUGGAAAUGGUGCUCCUACUUGAAUCCAGAACUUGAACUUAGACCGAAUACUGUAAAGCAUUAAUGCAGUGCCGUUAAACUCUGUUUCUACUGCCUGCCAUUUAAAGCGAGAGACUUACUAUCU